GGCACAUGCGUAGUUGUUCCAAUAUGUCUGCGCCCUGAAGAAAUGCAUGAAAACACCGAUGUCCUGUCAAUUUAGCUCCUGAUAAAUGCACCCUUGUCAACGAUCAACUCUCUGAAUGGAUUAUUUUCCGGCAGGAUUUAGAGUAUAGGGAGACGUUUUUAUUUGUGUCUGAUAAAUAGAAACAGCCUGUUUAUGAGUGUGUCAGUCAUGACACCUUACAGGACAUUAUUCAGUUGUGUAACUUCUGUUCCUAAAUGCUUGUUGGCUAAGGUUUGUGGGCCCUGUCGAGUACACUGUCCACAAAGACUACACUACAGAAAUGUAAGCCUAUUCUCAAAACACAGCAAUGUUAGACAUGAAACCUAUUCUCUCCCAAAAUGUGGCCACACGACAUUACUCCGUGGGCUUCAUGGGUCGCAGUCAUUAUUUCUGUCAAAGAUUCUGUCGGUGGAGGAAAUCUUCUCAAAGCCGCUGAUGCAGGAGUACUUGAGGAAAGUCGAAGACGAGUACGACACCUGUUUGAAAAGUUUAAAUGCAACGGAUGGUGAUAGCGGCGACGAGGAGGAACUGAGUCGGAAGAGGACGCGAGUAUCUAUCUUAUCCUCUCUGGUGCAGCAAAUCAGAGAUCUGAAGUUAAAGCAGAAAGAGUUUGAAGAAACUGAGGCAUUGCUGAAAGAUAAUGACCCUGAGUUGCGAGAGCUGGCAGAAAUGGAAAGAGAGUCUUUUCAGACUGCUAUUGAGGACAUGCGCCAAACGGUCAUGUCUCUCCUUAUUCCUGCUGAGGAAUCCGACAUGAGUGAUCUGGUCCUGGAGGUGACAGCUGGAGUCGGAGGACAGGAGGCGAUGCUCUUCACAGCGGAGGUGUUCGACAUGUACCAGGGCUAUGCUGCUUUCCAAGGCUGGGGGUUUGACAUACUGGACUAUUCUACCAGUGAAAUAGGUGGGCUGAGACAUGGCAGUGCCAGCAUUAGCGGGCCCCUGAGCUACAAGAAGAUGAAGUUUGAAGCGGGAGUCCACCGCGUGCAGAGGGUCCCCAAGACGGAGAAUAAGGGCCGAGUGCACACCAGCACCAUGACGGUGGCCGUGCUGCCUCAGCCCACAGAGAUUACACUCACUAUUCAGCCAAAGGAUCUCAAGAUUGAGACCAAGAGGGCGAGUGGGGCCGGUGGACAGCAUGUGAACACAACAGACAGUGCUGUGCGAAUCGUACAUAUCCCCACAGGAGUGGUAGCCGAAUGCCAACAGGAACGGUCCCAGUUAAAGAAUAAGGAGACUGCCAUGAAGGUGCUCAGAGCCAAGCUGUACAGCAUGAAACUGGAGGAGGAGACAAGUCGCAGAUACCAGACGCGCAAAUUACAGAUUGGUACCAAAGGAAGGUCGGAAAAAAUCAGAACCUACAAUUUUUCCCAAGAUCGCAUCACAGACCAUCGUAUCGGGAAAACGGUGCACGACGUCCGAGGAUUUCUGUUGGGAGAGGACCUGUUGGAUGAUAUGAGUCUGUCUUUGCAGCAGUUUUCCGAGCAAGAAACCCUCCUGGAAGUCAUAGGGGACAAUGGCAGCUAGCAGCUGAUCACAAAGACAUUAUGUAUAUAACAAAUGUAUAUAACGCUGACAGCUUUGGCAGAGCCCAGGACAAAGUCAUCUGAAAGGGCCCCCCAUCCCAAUAGAUACAAUGCAAUGAGGACCCAAUUAUGCCCCUUCUCCCCCCGGGCCUGAGACAACUGUCCCCUUUGUCCCCCCCUCCCAGUCGGCACCCCUGAUAACGGCAUAGAACUACAGGGCAGGCUGCUAUGGACUAUCCAUUACACCAGUCCUUUCUGCCAGUGCUGAACAGCAAUUUUAUUUGAAAUGUCUUCCUUUGACAUCAAAUACGACAAGCAAGCGUCCCCGAAUUAAUUAUUCUGUUCAGUUCUUGUGUCUGUAUAAUAAAUAAGAAUGACAUUUU